CAGCUGAUAGCUCGCACAAGCUAUAACAUUCACACAGGCUAGCACAGAUAGCAAGGAGCAAACGCUCUUCACGAACGUAUCCCCAUCCGCGUGAAACUGAAAAUGUCGCCCACACCUUCUCACCUCGCGGGAGCGGGCGCCGUCGCCGUCGCCGGCCCGGAGCCGUUCCGUGUGUUCGUGGGCUACGACUCCCGCGAGGACAUCGCGUACCGCGUGUGCCGCCGCUCCCUGCUCCGCCGCUCCUCCAUCCCGCUCGACGUGAUCCCCAUCGUCCAGCAGGAGCUCCGCGAGGCCGGGCUGUACUGGCGGGAGCGCGGCCCGACGGAGAGCACCGAGUUCUCCUUCACCCGCUUCCUGACGCCGCACCUGGCGGGGUACCGCGGGUGGGCACUGUUCGUGGACUGCGACUUCCUCUUCGUCGCCGACGUCGCGGAUCUGGCGCGCCUCGCCGCCAGCGCCGACCCGCGCCACGCCGUGCUGUGCGUGCACCACGACUACACGCCCACGGAGGCGACCAAGAUGGACGGCGCCGUGCAGACGGUGUACCCGCGCAAGAACUGGUCGUCCAUGGUGCUCUUCAACUGCGGCCACUCCAAGAACCGCGCCGCGCUCACGCCGGAGGCCGUCAGCACGCGGAGCGGCGCCUACCUCCACCGCUUCAUGUGGCUCGACGACGACGAGGUCGGGGAGGUGCCGUUCGUGUGGAACUUCCUCGUGGGGCACAACAAGGUCGACCCCGCCGACGAGGCCGCCACGGCACCGCGCGCCAUACACUACACGUCGGGGGGCCCGUGGUUCGAGAGGUACAAGGACUGCGAGUUCGCCGACCUGUGGGUCCAGGAGCGCGACGCCUACGAGGCCGAGGAGGAGAAGAAGAAGGUCGAGGAGGAGGGUGUCAAGGCCGCCGUACAAAUGUCAUCCGCGGUGUCGGUGGACGCAUGAGAUGAGAUCUCCCUUGCUAGCCCCCUAGCUACUUGCUGAGCUGAGGCCGCGCUUCGUGCUUUUUUUUUUCUCGUACACGUUGAUACGUGCGUGUGGUGGAAAUGGUUUGUGCAAGCGUGCAUGUGUGUCCGUACUGUAUUUUAUUAAGAAAUAAAGGAUGUGGUCGGAGCGGUCGGUCGAUCACGUACAAUAAAGCCUUCGGACGGUGGAUGCUGCUGCUUCCCAGCAGGCAGCUGCAAAGCAGCGCUCCGAACACACCAAUUUAAGGUA